CACAGACUGCUUUGAGCAUCGACAUGGAGUCCGUUAAGUUUGGUAGAAGUGUGUCGGCGUGUGAGCUGGACUGUGGACCUGCGGAGGGAUGUCUCUACAUGUGCGGGAUGUGUCCAUCAUGCGCCUUCGCCCCCAAACCCCCGGGCUCCACCCGGUGCGUGUGGAAGGUGUCGGAUGAAUUCAAGAGGAGGUUCAUGGUGGAGCUGCUAUUACGCUGCAGGAACACCAAAGUGCUGGAAAGCAUCCAGAGCGUGCUGGGUGUCACAUCCUGGACUUUAUUCGCUUACGCCAGGUCGAGGAGCCCGACCUCCCCGCAGGAUUACCCGGCCCGCAGCAGCACAGACCGGCCGCCGGAUGGGAAGCCGCUCGGCAUGGACAUGAAUGAGAUCUGGGGCUGGUUCAACAGCAGCCCCGACUGGAUGAAAUCACGUUAUCUUUGCCGUCUUCUGUCACUCUGUGACUCGGAGCUAUUGCGCACUGUGGCUAAUUUAACCAGCGUGCUUCUGGUCAGGCAAAAACGAGGAUUUCUGCAAAAUAAUGUGAGUAGUCGUAAUACCAGUCAGAAUGAUCAGGACAGUGAUGAGGACUCAGAGGACCCUGCUCUCAUGGUGGUGCCCGGAUCCUCAAAGUCUGCGUCUGGAGUCAGCAGGUACAGAGACUUCAUAGGCUGCCUACCUGUGGAUCUGGCAAAGAGGAUAUUAGGUCUGUUAGACGAGCACACUUUGAGACGCUGCCACAAGGUCUGUCGAUACUGGCAGCACCUCGCACAGCAAACCGUAGAGGAAACCAAGUUCAGAAGACUUUUUCAGGAUCAAAUUAAAGCAAUGAUGAAGAGGAGCAAAGGUGUUAAUAAAGUCAGUCCGACUUAUGCCAACAUCGUGGACGUCCCUGUACCUGUAAGGGAUGAUGACGAAGUGGAUAUUCGUCCCAGUGUACAAAAGGUCAAGCCAUUUGAAGCUGCUUAUGCAAAAAUCAAAACCAAGACGGUGCAAAUGGAAGAGAGAAAUGUUUAUUGUGGUACAUAUUUUACCACGACGCUGCUGGACAAUGAAGACCCCCAUCGGGUGGUGGACUACAGAGGUGGAUCGUUUAUGGCGACGGCCUCCAAGGACCGCGUGGUACGUCUGUUUCAUGUGGCGUCAGAAACAAAAAUGGUGUCGGUGAUGAAGGGCCAUGUUGGCAGCAUCCGGGCAGUGCUGCUCUGUGAGGACAGACACCUGCUGGUCACUGCCAGCUGCGACGCCAGUAUCAGGUGUUGGUGUUUGAAGACAGACAGGUGUGUGAUGAUGCUGUACGGUCACACAGGCACCGUCAACUGCCUGGACGUCCAUGCUGACAGACUUGUCUCAGGAGCUAAAGACAGUUUAGUAAAAGUGUGGAGUCUACAAACAGGGAAGCACUUUGGGGAUUUUCAUUUCAAACACCCCAGUCCUGUCCAGUGUGUGAGGAUCAACAGAAGAACAGUGUACAGCAGCUGUGAUCGGGGCCUCGUCAAAAUCUGGGACAUGGAGAACGCAUCGCUGCUCACUGUGAUUGAUGCCCACAGGAGCUCAGUGAGGUGCCUUUUCAUCGACGAGUGGCACUUUUUAUCCGGGGACUCCAGUGGUCAGGUCAUGGCCUGGAGCAUUAACUGUGCCUCUAAAAAGUGCCUGAUGACCUUCACCCACCCAAAGGAGGUCAAAUCUGUGACUCUCAUCUACCUCCGUGUCAUUACCGGCUGUGCUGAUGGAAAGAUACGCAUAUUUAAUUUCCUCAACGGGGAUUGUCUGAGAGAAAUCACUGCAGAGACUGAAACAGGUCGAAUACUGUCCCUGCACUUCCAUGACAGCAGUAUAUUAGUGAACACAACAUCCAGUGUGAGGCGCUACCAGUUUGCCAAAGUGUUCUGGGACACAGAGUCAACAGAGGGGGGCCAGAGUGAGGCGGAGGCUCGGGGCCGUUUGGUUUCAGAGAAAUCUGCGGCUUCGCUCAGAAAGCUUCCCUUCACCUGUGAUCACACGGCACAGGUGGCUGCACAGAGCCGAAAGAUCCACAACUGUGACAACAAGAAAGCAGAGAGAGCCAAGCUGCUUCACCACACCUGCUUCCUGCCCACACCCACUAAAUGUCGAGCACAAAGCAGAGAGCGCUGUGAGCCUGCUAAACAGUCAGUGAUGGAGAGUGAGAAGGCAGCGAGUGAACGGAUGAAGAGGAGGGGGCUUCAUCAUCCUCUGACACGCGACUCCAUCCUCCUCAGAGUCAAUGCCAUCCAGAAGGCACAGUGCACAGAUGAAGUCAGCAUCAACAUGGAGUGCAACGCCAGGCUGAGAGAUUCCUGGGGACCUCACACGUCUCAGCAUCCUCUGCACUGCGACCUGAAGCACACCCUGCAGACUUGUGAUGUUCAUCCCAGGAGGGCCAAGACCUGCGUGCCAAUUUUAAAGAGAGCUUCCAGUCAAAACAUGACAAAUGUGAUCAAAGGGAGAGAAAUCUCCACCGCCCCUGACACCGUGAGGAGACAUCGUCAGUGUUUAUUUUCUAACAAAGCACAGCCUCACAUCGCUGACACACACAGUGCAAUCAAGAGACUCAAUACAAGUGUCACAGAAGGGCUGCAGGCUUCUGAAUUCAUGCUCAUGAGAUCACGUCCUAAUCCAGAACGCUGCGUGAAAACUAGCACAAAUUUGCCCAGGAUCAGUCCUGUGAGUCCUUUCAGAGAGCAGCGAGGAUUCAGGCUGCUCACAGUCACCCAGCUGGAGGAUUGUUGGGCCAAGAGGGAUCUAAUGCAGAACUGUGAGCAAAAAUUGUCCAAGAAGCAGGACAAAACACUGUGAAGACAGUCACAUGUGCAUCAACAGAUACUGAUUUGUAACUUCUUCUUUUUUUUAGUCAUAUAAUGUGUCAGCAAGACUCUAUCUCCACUACCCAGUGUGUGUUCUGGACAUUGUUUGUCUGAGGGAUCAUAUUUUUUAUGUGAUGUUUCAUUAAACCUCCACUAGGGGUCAGUAUUGUAUCAUCUGAUGGUGGCUGGAACAGAACCCUGAUUAUUAUACAAUAGUUUUGCAGUA